CGAGUCAUAGGCAAAAACGACGGCGUUGUGAGUCGCAGUAGCUGAAGCGUUCACUGAAUUGACAUGCGUCUCCUCCUCCAAUUCAUCCAUGGUAUCAUCCCCGCCAGUGUAAUCCUCGUCGUUGUCAGCCGCCGGAAUUAGAUUGCUUCAACACCGCCAUCGACAACACUUCGUCUCGUGGAUUCGAUAGCUGCACUUCUCAAUUCUCAUCCAUCUCGCCGGUGCACCCUGCUACCUCCCUUCCGGAACUCCCAGCUAAAUUCUUCUCAUAUACUUCUAUUGUUAUGGUUUCAGUGUUACAGUAAUGCCUCGAAAGCCCAAAAGACAUCAGCAACUCAAAUCUUGGCCGGUUACGUUUUCCCCUUUUGGUCGUGCUCUUGCUCAUACCGUUUCUAUGCCCAAGCGUCAUUCCGAAUCCAUUGAGAACCCUACCCCUUCCUCUGAUAGUAAUGGAUCUACCAAACAUCCUUUAGAAGAGAGAUUGGAAGGAUCGGAGUCAUCUGAUGGGGAGUUUGAUGGAGUUGUCCAAGUGGAUUUUGCGUUUUUUGAUCCUAAAUCCAAUGAUUUCCAUGGAGUUAAGACUUUGCUGCAAACUUAUUUGGAUGUUGAAGAAUGGGAUUUGAGUGGCUUCGUAGACUUGAUUUUGGAACAGACCACUGUAGGUACUGUUGCGAAGGUAGAGGAUGACGAGGACGAAGGGGUUUUUGCUCUUGCUACCGCUCUUAAUCUAUGGAGGUAUAGGGAGCAUAAAUGUAUUGUCCAACUCAAGGAAUUUCUCCUCCUUAAAGUAUGCAAAGAGAAACGCAUUGCUGAUCAGUUGAGAUUACUUUUGGGGGAACAAGCACGUAAUGUCGGUCUCCUGGUAUCACAGCGUGUGGUGAAUCUUCCACCUCAGCUUUUACCGCAUCUCUAUGAUUUUCUUUUCAAUGAAGUGUCGCGGGCCACAGAAGAUGAGCCAACAGAGGACCUCCGAAAUUCCUUCAAGUUCAAGCAUUAUAUAAUACUUGGCAAAAUUUACGAGCUCAAGAAUGCAGAACAAAAAAGAAAACAGAGCGAUGACAGUGUUGAGGCGAUAGUAUAUGUUAAGCCCGAGGAUGAAAUUUUUCACCAGCUAUGUUCGUGGUCCUUCCGUUUUCCUUUGCGCACCCAGCAGCCUGCACCUCACGAGCUAAAGAAUUACAGAUCAAUGGGAUUAAUCAUGGCCGUUGAGGCUGACAAAAUUCCAGCAUUUCGUCAAGAAUUAGGUUCUUUAAUAAAUGAAAGCUGAAGGCAACCAUAAGGACUGAUUACAGGUACAGUCCAGUAGCAUCAGAUCAGCUAACUGCAACAACUCAAGCUCAACAAGUUAAUGGAUUUAUUCCUGGAUGGAUGCUUUGACCUAAUUAAGCUCAGUAUUUCUCUUGUUUUGCAUAAAAACCAAAGACAAAAAAAUGGCUUUUGGUUUUGACAAUGUUGUAAAUGCUGCAUGUGCUUCUCUUUUUUUUUUUGUGACAAAUGCAUGUGCUUCUCUUUGUUACUUGUUUUGUUAUAAAAACAGCAGUGACUGAAUUCAAACUAAGGCAAAGAACUCCAUCUGUAUGGGCACAAGAACUCCAUCUGUAUUUGGCUGAAGAUUAGAUUUUGUAUUCAAUAAUAAGUGUAAAAAAAAAAUAAAAACAAUAUGAACACAACAUAUAUCUUGAAAGCAAAUUUUCAACCAAUUAAAGAUUUUAGAACUCAACAUUAACCGACACAAAAUU